AUGGUCGCGGUGCAAUGUACCUGGUGCAAAGCCAGCUACCAUAACCGUCCUUCCUGCUUCAGCGAUCGACUGCGUCACGAACCAUGUCCAUUGGGCACCCACUCUUCUCUGAUUGUGCCUCCCAAUUGGAUAAUCAAAAUGCCUGAAAAGAACAAUUUCAAGUCGUCCAUUCGACGUGCCUCGAGUAUGAUUUACCCAUCCACACAAGCAAUCCAUCCCCCCAGACUGUGCACAUCCACAUCGCGGCCGGAGGAUUUGGCCACAGUCGCCGAGAACAAGUUGCGAAUCAAUUCAAUUGCAGAACCUACCACUACCACGAACAUACCAUCAGGCACAACUAUAACAAUGGUAACAGGUUCAGCAGCGGGGGCCGGAACAAUAACAACAACGGCAGUGCUGACGGCUGCAGCGGUGGAAGGAGAUGUCACACAACUUAACGCUCCCACCACAAGUCCCGAGGUCACACGCAUUUCACCCUCACUCAACGCUUCCAAUCUGCUUUUGGCUCCGCAACUCCCGUUCGUUGUCAAAAGCAAUCCAUUGAGUGCAGACCAGCUAAAGCCUCUUUUGGUGUUUCUCAAUCCCCGAUCGGGCGGAAAUCAGGGUCUAGUACUAUUGCGUAAAUUCCAGUGGUUGCUCAAUCCUCGACAAGUCUUCGAUUUGUCCCAAGGUGGUCCACGAAUGGGACUAGAAUUGUUCAACCGUGUUCCCAAUUUACGUAUAUUAGCCUGCGGUGGGGAUGGCACCGUUGGCUGGAUAUUCUCAACCAUAGACGAGCUCAAAAUGAAUCCCACACCUCCGGUUGCCGUACUGCCGUUGGGCACUGGGAACGAUUUGGCCCGAACCUUGCGUUGGGGAGCGGGCUACGCGGACGAGCCAAUCUCCAAAAUUCUACGCAGUAUUGAAGAGGGCACCGUGGUCGCUUUAGAUCGGUAUGUUCAGUGA